AUGUCUCUCAAGUCGGUUCUGGUGACCGGUUGCUCAGCAGGCGGCAUUGGUGCAGCCAUUGCGCUCCUCCUGGCUAGAAAAGGACAUCAUGUAUUUGCGACAGCGCGGAAUACUUCCAAAUUACCAGUAGUGCUCACUACGCUAUCCAACGUCACGGUACUGUCUAUUGAUGUCACGUCAAUGCCUUCAGUGACAGCAGCUGCCAACGCCGUCAGUGAAAGUGGCCGUGGACUCGACGUACUUGUCAAUAAUGCAGGCCUGGGUUAUGUAACGCCCAUUCUCGACAUGGAUAUUGAGCGAGCUCAAAAUCUAUACGAUACCAAUCUCUGGGGCAGUGUUCGCAUGAUACAGGCCUUCAAGGAUCUACUUAUCGCCAACCACGGCCGCAUCGUCAAUAUCAUCUCCUGUGGCGCCGUUUUGCCCCUGCCAUGGCAUGCUCCGUAUUGUUCAGCGAAGAUCGCAAUGGCCAAUAUUUCCGAAACCCUACGGCACGAGCUCUCGCCCUUUGGAGUUAGUGUCGUGGCUGUGAUGGUGGGCACUGUCGCAACAAACUUUGACACCAACGUCAACAAAUUCAACCUACCAGCGGGCUCUCUGUAUGAAAGUAUCAAGGACAAUAUCGCUGGCUGGGUCACGGGCACAGCGAAGCCAGUGGGUGGGCCGGUAGAUGAAUUUGCUCGGGCUGUGCUGGAAGAUAUAGUUGGCAAGGGGAGGAAUGGCAUUGUAUACAGAGGAGAUAACGCUGCUGCGAUGGGUUUCGUGGCCAGUUGGCUCCCAACCUGGAUAACGGACAAGUUUAUGCGCGGCCCGAACUCCGGAUUGCCUGCGCUCGUCAAGAAUCUCUCAUAG